AACUAGCGAGAGGAAUGAGGAGGGACGGAAAAGCAUAAAAGGAACAAAUGCACAGGCGGUAAUGUGAGAAUUUUGUUGAAAGUAGUCAAUCCUGAUGUCGCUAGCAUUUACGAUGAAUCUGCAAGUAUGCGUUCUCCUAUUAUGCAGUUUUAUUCGAGCGGAGGAAAGUGACAGCCACAACUUUUCAAGUAAUUCUGAAGUGAUGCAGAAAAAGGCCAGCUUUAUAUUUGUGGAUAACAAGAAAGAAUACAGAUGGGAGCCAAGUGAUCUCGGAAACCCUAGUGUAGAGGAAUACAUAUCCAAUGGCACAAAGGUGUUGGAGGGAGAUAUUUUUGUUGAUGAAAAUCAAAGUCCCUUUUCGAAAAGAAAAGCUGUAUUGACACAAAAGCGAUGGAAGAACAAAACUAUCCCGUGGAAAUUUAAUACGGACAAGAGGAAAUUUGAUUUCGCCAGUUCAUACUCUGCCGUGAAGAAAGCCAUAAGUAUUGUGGAAAGCAAUAGCUGCUUGAAUUUUCCACAAUGGACAAAAGAAAGGGCUAAAGAAUUAGGACCUAUUUAUUUGGACAUUGGAAAAGGCAAUGGAUGUGGAUCCUAUGUUGGUUAUCGCAAAGGCCGGAAUCAUAUGUUGUUGCUAAGGGAGACUGUUUGUAUGAAGGUCGGAAUCAUCGUACACGAGCUCUGCCAUUCCAUUGGCUUUUACCACGAACAUGCUAGACGUGACAGAGAUAAAUACAUAACAGUACAUUUCGAAAAUGUUCAAAAUUCGAAGAAAGAAAAUUUCAAUAUUCAUUUUCCAACUUACAACUAUGUAGAGUAUGAUUAUGAGUCAUUAAUGCAAUACGGACCACUAGCUUACAGUAAGAAUUCGAAGUAUACUAUCGAUCCAAAAGAUGAGCAUCUUCUAUUUCUUCUCGGUCAAAGGAAUAAACUAUCCUUCUAUGAUAGGAAAACUAUUAACUUGUUUUAUGAAUGCAAUGAUUUGUGUAUGACGCCAUUAAAAUCUUGCAAAUAUGAUGGCUAUAUUGAUUACAACUGCACAUGUUAUUGCCCCAGUGGACUGGAAGGCGAUGACUGUUCAAGAGUAGAAAACCAAAACGAAUGCGGUGGUAUCUUAUCUCUGGAUUUCAAACAUCUGGACGCACAGAUAUACUUCAAUUCUAAUUUAAAUAAGACUGGCAAGGCUAACAAAUGUGUUUGGUUAAUUGAGAGCCCAGCUUUGACUCGAAUGGAAAUAGCUAUAGACAAUCUAAGCAUCAAAAAUAAAAACUAUAAUUGUCUGCAAUGGCUUGAAAUGCGAUAUAAUUUAAUUGGGCAAAAUGGUCCCAGAUUCUGUGGCGAAAGUGCAAAGCUAAAUCAUUUAUUCAAUACAACUGCUAACAUCGCGAUGUUUAUCCUAGAAUCUUCAAAUAAUUUGGAUAAUGUAUCUUUUGAAGUGAAUGUGUCUAUAUCUACAGAAUACAAUGCUGAUAUUAAUUGUACUUUUGAACUUGGGAAUGACUUUUGUGUCUUUAAACAAACUGGUGGUUUCGAUAAAUGGCUUAUAUCUUCUAAUGCCAAAGGUGUGAAGGGUUUGAGAGGUCAUCACAAUUCGGAAAAAUACAUUUACUUGAGACCUGCAACUCGUCCUGGUAAUAUUAACGGCGUUUUAGAAAGUCGAUUAAUCCCAGGUGGCCGUAAAUGUAUCGUUAUUUAUUACAUAAUCAACGUCGAACCAGGUGCCUUCUAUCGAUUGAAGUUAGAUAUUUCUUCUCCAACUGGAAACAGACAGCCAAUUGUUCUACGAGAAUCGAGAUAUAAAAAUUGGCAAAAAUAUGAGUUUUCUGUUGUCUCCGCGUAUGACUUUAAAGUGACUAUUCGCGGGAUAAUUAGAAAUGGCAGUGAUGGGUAUAUUGCUUUAGAUGAUGUUUCCCUAAUGAAUGGAAUGUGUCCAGGAGAAGCACAAGUGAUGACAAUCUCUGAAGGUUCUCAAAUAAGGUGCAAUUUUGAGACGGACGCUUGUAAUUAUGAGUGGAACCCUACAGAAGAAACGCGUUUUUUAACCAAAUCUUCUACAAAACAAUGUCCUAGUGGUUGCCUCGUUAUAUCAGCUUCAAACUCGAUCAAGAGCGAAGUUCGAUCACCAGUGCAGUCUUAUAAGGGACCGUCUUGUCUUGCAAUAAAAUAUCGGAUAGGAAAGCCUGAAAAAUUGGACAUGAACCUGUACGUUUCCGAUCCAAGUAAAAACAAAAAAUUCAAUGUAUGGCACUUCUUUGGUUCCAAAGACAAUUUGAAUUUUGACUGGUUUAUAAAAGAUAUAGAUGUCAACUUCUCUUUAAUCCAGCUCAUAUUAACAGUUAAAUCACAAAGAGAUUCAGUUCAACUGUUUCUGUCUGAAGUCUGGUUUGACUCUGUACCAUGUCAAUCGUUACGUAAGUGUAAUCACAGUAAUUUACCAUGCAUGUUUCGACCUAAUGAAAACAGAAAUUGGAAAGACGCUAGUCAAGGAGUUACCUUUGGAAAUGAGAAAAUUUCUAUUUCGGAGAAAAAUCGUUUCGCCAACUAUGGAUGGUUACGAAGCUCAUCCAAUACAAAUAUAGUGCGAAGUUCUUUAAUGUACUUCAAUGGAAUUGGUUGUUUGAUAUUUAAUUUCUAUGCGCAUGGAUUUCUUCCACAUGGAAUAAUGUUAACGAAAUUCAAUGCGUAUGAUGCAAACAAAGACAUUAUAUGGAAAUCCGAUUACAGAAAGCAAUUGAGGAACCCUCUCGUACAGAUUGAAAUCGAAUCAAAAGGAUAUUUUACUUUGGAGUUUUCAACACUGAAAGAAGACUUGUUUGUGAAUUAUGAAAUUGAAGACUUUGAAAUGCAUUCUGGUCAUUGCACUAGAAGCUCUCGUACUAUUAUGCGGACAUUGCACCAACAUUAGAUAAAUAUUUGUUAUAAGAAACAUUUGAAUUAAAUUUUCUAUAAGUAAA